AUGGCCUCGGCUGCUCGCUCCGCCUCCCGCUUCCUGCGCUCGACCCCCGCGACGGCCUUCCGCCCUGCCGCUCGCACCGCUCGCUUUGCUGUUCCUGCCCAGGGUCUCCGUGCCACUGCUCGCCGUGGCUAUGCCUCUGAGGCUGGCUCGGGCAAGUCCUCUGGUAGCGGUGGUAUCUGGGCUCUGGCAUUCGCUGUUGCCGGUGGUGCUGGUGCGUACUUCUACCUGAACGGCGAGUCCACCCCCAAGGGCCCCUUCGUCCCCACCAAGGAGGACUAUCAGAAGGUGUACGAUGCCAUUGCCAACCGGUUGGCCAAUGAGACCGACUAUGAUGAUGGCAGCUAUGGUCCCGUUCUUGUUCGUCUCGCCUGGCACGCCAGCGGUACCUAUGAUAAGGAGACCGGCACUGGUGGCAGUAACGGCGCCACCAUGCGUUUCGCCCCGGAGUCCGGUCACGGUGCCAACGCCGGCCUGAAGCACGCCCGCGACUUCCUCGAGCCCAUCAAGGCCCAGUUCCCCUGGAUCACCUAUGCCGAUCUCUGGACUCUGGCUGGCUCUGCCGCCAUUCAGGAGCUGGGUGGCCCUGUAAUCCCCUGGAGACCCGGCCGUGAGGACCGUGACGUCUCCGCCUGUGCUCCCGACGGUCGUCUGCCCGACGCCUCCAAAGACCACCGCCACGUCCGUGAUGUUUUCGGCCGCAUGGGCUUCGAUGACCGCGAGAUGGUGGCCCUGAUUGGCGCUCACGCCCUGGGUCGCGCUCACACCGACCGCUCCGGCUUUGACGGUCCCUGGGACUUCAGCCCUACCGUCUUCAGCAACGAGUUCUUCCGCCUUCUCGUCGAGGAGAAGUGGAACCAGCGCAAGUGGGAUGGCCCUGCUCAGUUCACCGACAAGACCACCUCCACCCUGAUGAUGCUGCCCACUGACCUGGCCCUCGUCAAGGACAAGGCCUUCAAGAAGCACGUCGAGCGCUAUGCCAAGGACAACGAUGCCUUCUUCAAGGAGUUCGCCGACGUCUAUGUCAAGCUCCUCGAGCUGGGCGUGCCUUUCCAGAGCAAGGCCGAGGACCGCUUCGUCUUCAAGACUUCCGAGUAA